CUUUGAAGUUCUUUCAUUUUUCUUGCUCAUCAGAAGGGCACGUAUAUUAAAAAAAUAAUAAAUAAUUAUUAUAAGCUUAAAAUAUAUUAAAAAUGCCAUCCGUUAAGCAUUAUUCGUCAAGUGAAGUAAAUCAAUAUGAAUUAUCAUCAAGAUUAUUAUCCUUAACAGAAAAUAACACAUCUUAUACACUAACACAAAUAAAUGGUCAAAGAAUUUACAGAAAGGCUCCUCAUGCUUGGAGUGGCCCUGAACCUUCAAGGAAUUGUGAGGUCUUUAUUGGACGCAUUCCCCACGAUUGCUUCGAGGACACGCUUGUACCUCUAUUUCGACAGGCAGGCGAACUGUUUGAAUUUCGUCUGAUGAUCAAUUUCUCCGGCUGGAAUAGAGGGUAUGCUUUCGCGAUGUACACCACGGAGGCAGAGGCGGGAAAUGCUAUACGCAUGUUCAACAAUUACAUGAUCAGGCCUUCUUGGCAAUUGGGCGUUUGUCCAUCGAUCAAUAACUGUCGCAUAUUCAUAUCCCGCAUCCCACCGACCACCCCCACGGCGGAGAUCAUUCGCUUGUUGUACGCGCUGACGGACGAGGUGCAAGAGGUUCGCGUGCGACGUGGCGCCGCAUCUUGCGCCGCCAUCGUGGAGUACCGCUCGCACCGCGGCGCAGCUAUGGCGCGCAAGGCGCUGGUGGCAGCGGCGGCGGCAGCCUGGGGCUGUGGCGCGCGACCCGCCGUAGACUGGUCACUGCCACAGUCCCCCCAGUUGCUGCGACAGUAUAGAGAGAUCGGUCGCUGGAGCCCCGAACGCGGCGUGGAGCUGUCCCGCGUGGACGACGAGGGCGCGGCGACGAGCGUGGCGGCGUCGCCGGGCUCGGGCGGCUCGUACUCGCUGGAGCGCUGGUCGGCGGCGCGCCGCCUGCGCAUGAUCCGGGAGGCGCAACGCGCCGCGCAGCCGCAAACGCCGCCCUCGCAUUCCGCAUCUUUGGACUGGUCGAGUCAGUUGCAUAGCAUGGAGUCGCUGGUGUCGUCCAUGUCCACGCUGGGUAUGUCGGAGGCGCGCGUGUGGUCACCGCCAGCCGCACCGCCGCAGCGGGAUUUCAACCCGUGGACCACGCGAUACCCUCUCGGGGAGUUCAUGACGCCCGCUCGGGGCCACCAGUGAGUUGCGACGGCCUGGGACACUCGCAGACAAAGUUUCGAUGCGAUUUGUAAACAAUAUAAACGAAAUUGUCGGUUGCUUGCAGUCUUUAUAUUCUGAAUGGUUGCUAUUUUUUACAAGUUGUCUCGAAACUCUUUUAACAAUAAUAUUUUUGGUCAUGGACCUGGACUAUGAGCAUUUUAUUUUGAU